AUGCGCGGAGGCCCCGCCCGGCCGGAAUCCACCCGGGAUUCACCCGGGAUUCACCCGGGAUUUGGGCCAGGAGCGGGAAAACGGCCCCGCCCAGCUGCGUCACCGUGCCCACAACAGCCACGUGCAGAAGCCAUGAACUCCAGAAAAUUCCCCUCAGAAGCACGGAGAGCUUUCCCUGCUGCCAAGUCCCCCAGCCAGCAGCCAUCCCACAUCCUGGUGGUGGAUGCCACCUGCCCUGGCUGGGCCAGCACCUGCUCCGCGCUGGCCGAGGCUCUGGAGAACGUCCUGUGCCUGGCCUGCGGCCUGGCAGGGCCCUGCAGGGUGCCCCUGCUCAGCCUCUACGUGCUGCAGCCCCAGCAGGAGUGUCUGCUGCCCUUCACGCAAGUGAAAGAAAACUUUGCCCGAGUUCAAGCCUGCAUUUCAGAGCUCCGCUCGCUGCCAGCUGAAGGCUGCUUCCCCCAGGGGGUGAAUGGAGUGCUGCAGGCUGUGCAGGAUGGAUUGCAGCAGUUCAAGCAGUACAGCAGGCACACAGCAGCAGGAGGCUCCACAAAUAGUUCUGUUGAGAUCACAAUUCUGACCAGCCAGCCCAGCAGAGACCUGGUAAAGCAGCUGGAAAAGAAGUUACAAGACAUAGACCUGGUGAGCCUGAGAAGAAUACAGGUCAUUGAGGUGGUGAAGAGAGAUUUCCUGCAGCCUGAGGAUGUGGAGCAGUGUGUGCCAGCAGAGGAGCCCAGCAGUGAUAUGGCAAUCCUGGGAAUGGACAUCGAGGUGCAAACUGUAGAGGACAAUGUCAUCAGCCUGGAGAUGCUGUUCAAAACCUGGCUCCAUGACCAUGGCACAGAGAGGGAACAGCUCCAUCUCCUCCUUCCCUCAGGAGGUUUUGGCCACGCUGCUGCACCCAAGAACACCUUAAUGUGCCUGAAGUGUGAUUUGCAGGAGAGGCUGCUGGACCCAGCCCUGCUUUUGGGGACAUCUGAUGGCCCUGGGAGAGCAGCAGAUGCCAGCUCUCCCUGGCAUGUGACAGCCUGGCCCUCCCCAGCUCUGCACAAACUCCGGGUGCUCAAGGCUCUGAAGUCUGAAGGGGUCUGUGAGUCUGUGCUCUAUGGGCUGCCCUUCAUCAUCAAGCCCACAAGCUGUUGGCAGCUGGACUGGGAUGAACUGGAGACAAACCAGCACAGCUUCCAUGCUUUGUGUCACAGCCUCCUGAAAAGGAAGUGGAUGCUCUUGGCCAGGCAGGAGCCCCAGAACACGGGACCAAACUGGAACGUGGUGGUGCACCCCUAUUAUGUCAUUGUCCCCUCUGACUCUGCCACUCUCCUGGUGAAAGCAGUGGCCAUCAGAGAGCUCCUGCUGCCAUCAGCCUUCCCAGCCCUCCUGGCUGAGCACCCCGAGCGAGUCAGGGGCCCCAUCGAGAGCGCCCUGAACAACUUGGAAGUGGAAGUUGCUUACAACCCCUUGCACCUGAAGAGCAACCUGUACAAAUACCUGAAGAGCUCCUUGUACAAACCUCCCCAGCGGCAGCAGCCCCAGCCCCGGGAGCAGCGCCCGGAGCGCCACCAGCCCAGGCAGCCUCAGAGCAGAGCCAAAGCUGCAGUGGCUCCCCUGCUGAUGGCUCCCUCUCCACUUCAGACAUUCAGACCAGCAGCAGCAGCAGCCAGGAGAGGCUCCUGUGAGGGCUCCCUGCUGCCCAAGGAGUAUGAGGAGUUCCUGCAGUGA